CUUGCUCUGGGAGGAUAGGAUGACCAGUGUUCUGAGGACCUAAGAUCAAAAGAAUCCCCUUGGCUUGGGGGUUGGACCUCUAUUGGCUCACCUGCAAAAUCUUCUGGGGCUGUACUGCUCGGCCCGCGCUUCUGUUAGCUACAUCUUGGGUGUCCAUACUGACAGAAGAACACUUUGCCAGGAGAAUGUUUUUUCUUGCUGAGGCACAGCUGUCAGGGAGGUGGCCAGUCUGUGUAGCUUUCUCAAGCACUUGGUCUUCAGAACUCAGUACCUUUAUCAGGUGGAGUUCCUAGAACAGUCUCUUAGCUUCACCUGCCUCCCUGUCUGCUGCAGUGGAGUUUCUCAGAGAUUCUGAUUGUCAUCUGCCUGUGGUGCUAGAAAGAAAGACGAAGCAAGUGAAGAAGUGGACCACACGAGUGAAGCUUUAGCGCACGUCUUCCCAGUCGACGCCAGGCGAUGGUUUGGGCUGCUUCUGGUCCCCGUCAUCGGUGUCCUGUGAGGCAGUCUUCCCUGUCAGCGUCUGAUCCUCCUGUUGUGGACUAGCCCUGGUGUCUUCGGGCAGAGGAACCGGACAUACGUCCUUGUUUUCUGAGCAAAGAGCUAGUGGACAAAGGCCCACCUGACUGGAGUGACAGAAGGAAGACGGCCGGGGCGCCAUGAGGUGAGCGCGCGCCGGCGCCCAGAGCCCCGGAGAGCGGUGUGCGGGCUGCGGGAGCGGGAGCGGCCCCGCGCAUCUGGCCACGCACGUCCCCGGCAUGAGGCCGGGCAGCAUGGGUUCGCCGCCGCGGGACCGCUGACCCCCGCCCGCUGGGACCAUGAAGGAGGUGGAGUACUGGUCCCCCAAGAAGGUGGCAAACUGGCUGCUGGAGCACGCCAUGCCCGAGUACUGUGAGCCCCUGGAGCACUUCACGGGCCGGGACCUGAUCGGCCUGACCCGGGAGGACUUCGCGCGGCCGCCCCUGUGCCGCGUGUCGGCCGACAGCGGGCAGCGGCUCCUGGACAUGAUCGAGACCCUGAAGGUGGAACAGCACAUGGAGGCGCACAAGAACGGCCACGCCAACGGGCACCUGGGUGCAGGUGUGGCCGGCCCCGGCCCCGCCGCCGGCUUUGGCCUGCAGGCCAAGCCCAACGGGGUGCCCAACGGCUAUAGGAAGGAGAUGAUCAAGAUCCCCAUGCCGGAGCCCGAGCGCUCCCAGUACCCCAUGGAGUGGGGCAAGACGUGCCUGGCCUUCCUGUAUGCUCUGUCCUGCUUCGUCCUCACCACAGUGAUGAUCUCGGUCGUCCACGAGCGAGUGCCUCCCAAGGAGGUGCAGCCCCCGCUGCCGGACACGUUCUUUGACCAUUUUAACCGGGUGCAGUGGGCCUUUUCUAUCUGUGAAAUUAACGGCAUGAUCCUCGUAGGACUCUGGUUAAUUCAGUGGCUGCUCUUAAAAUACAAGUCCAUCAUCAGCAGGAGGUUCUUCUGCAUAGUCGGCACGCUCUACCUUUACCGUUGUAUCACGAUGUACGUGACCACCCUCCCGGUGCCCGGCAUGCAUUUCAACUGCUCUCCGAAGCUUUUUGGAGACUGGGAAGCCCAGCUGCGGAGAAUAAUGAAGCUCAUCGCUGGCGGCGGCCUGUCCAUCACUGGCUCUCACAACAUGUGCGGGGACUAUCUGUACAGCGGUCACACGGUCAUGCUCACACUCACCUACUUAUUUAUCAAAGAGUAUUCCCCUCGACGAUUCUGGUGGUACCACUGGAUCUGCUGGCUGCUCAGCGUGGUUGGGAUCUUCUGCAUCCUCUUGGCGCACGACCACUACACUGUGGACGUGGUGGUGGCCUACUACAUCACCACGAGACUCUUCUGGUGGUACCACACGAUGGCCAACCAGCAAGUGCUAAAAGAAGCUUCCCAGAUGAACCUCCUGGCUAGGGUGUGGUGGUACAGGCCGUUUCAGUACUUCGAAAAGAAUGUCCAAGGAAUCGUACCUCGCUCUUACCAUUGGCCCUUCCCCUGGCCAGUCGUCCACCUCAGCAGACAAGUGAAAUACAGCCGCUUGGUGAACGACACAUAACGGCCGCUCAAGGCCCUGGAGUGUGGAGCUGUCCGAAGUGCUAAGAACUCCGUGAGAGAAGAUGCCAUAAACAAACACCUCCCUAAUCCUGUUCUCUUUCAAAAGUUACCUUGACUUAACCUAUUGAGUUACCUGGUCAGCACUGUGAUCUUUUUUUCUCUCCAAAGGACCUGCGUUGGACAACAAUAAAGAGAAUUUAACCUAUCAUGCACUGUACACAUUUUCCUGUUCAUAAGUUUGGGAUUUCCAUAACCUGCGACCACCCUGUUCCUUUGUAUAUGAUGCAACAGCAUAAAUGUAAGCUUUUAUAUCAUCAGUUCUGGUCUUUCCAGGCACAUCUGGAAAUAAAGCGUAUUAUUUUCUUGGGAAAACAUACUUUUCAUAUCUCUUGCCCCAAAGAUUGGGCUGUAAGCCAUUUUCUAGCAAAUGUCUCUAUGAAGGUUUCUGAGUACCUGAAUGGGGUUCAAUUCUGAAAUCUUUCUACCUGUUGCACCGAUAUUCAAAUAAAAAUGACAGACACAGAAAGGUUCGGUAACUUUGGGUUUUGUAAAAAUCAGCAGAGAGUGUGUCAAAAAGUGCAAAAAAAAAAAAAGAUUCUGUUAUAAAGUGAUUUUCUAAGUAUUUCCUAACUUUAUUUUUCAAAAUAAUGUUAUGAAAACCAAAUUUAAAGAUUUUUACAUGUCGGAGAGAAGAGAGUUAAAAUUUAAAAAUGCUUCUUGGGAGAGAAAUUUGUCUAUGUUUCUAGUGCCUUUCUUGUCUUGAUUGUAUGGUCAGUAGGCAAUCUUAAAUGUUUUUAUUUAAAAUAAAAUAUUCCAUGGAAAUAUAAAUGUAUGUAUACACUACUAAAUUUUGCAUUUAUAGCUAAAUUAAAUCAGAAGACUGCUUAUGGUUUUUAAAUCGCUAUGAAUUAAAGAAAGGGGGAGUUAAUCAGAAAGUCAGAACCUGUUCCCAUAUUGUGAGCAGGUAGCAAUGACAUGUACCACUUAAAUUAUUUUAUCACCUAUUUGGUAGUUCGAUUUUAACUAUACAGUGAAAACAGCCAUGAAUACUUUGUUUUUAAAAAGAGAGUUUUGAAAAAUGAUCACUUAACUAAACAACGUGAAAGCUCUAAAUUAGUUAUCCAUACUCUCACGACAAUUUUGUUGGUGAACAACAAAACAGAGAUCUAUUUCUUUAAAAUAUAUUUGUGCAGAAACUGCAUGUAACUCUAAGUUUUACUCCUAACAUGAGUAUGUUUGGGGAAGUAUUCUCUUCUAUACUUGCCAAUGUGGAGAACAAAAUAGUUUUUUAAGAAUGAAGAAGUAUAUAUAUCCAUUCUGUAUUUUAUGCAGCAGAAUUAUCUUCCAUAGGGUUUUUUUGUGUAUUCACAAGGUGAUAUUUGUAUUGUAAAACAAUAAUGGUGAAGGAAAUAAAAAGGCUUUUAAAAUUUUGUUUGUUUUAAAUAUUUGUAAAGUUACUAUUCCAGAGAGUAUACUGAUAUCUUAACAGCUUACCUAGAUCAUAAAUUAAUCAAAAUGCACUUUUUAAUAAAACCUGAUACUUAAAAUAAA